UGCGAAUAUGAAAUCGAGGCAACAGGAAAUAGAAUUUUGAUUAUCUCCCUUACUGUCAGAAUUUGCAACUUGUCAAAUUUUAAUUGGAAAAGAUGAAAAUUUAGAAACAACGAUGGACAAGGAGACUUUAUACGAAAGUCUCUCACUCUGGUUGGACACUUUCAACCUUGACUCUCCCCAUCAAUCCCCAGAACAACUUAGUGAUGGCAUUGCCAUGGCAAAAGUUUUACAUCAAAUUGCACCAGAUUAUUUUAAUGAAGGUUGGUUAAAUAGAAUCAAAACAGAGGAUGUGACCAACUGGCGACUUAAAGUCAGCAAUUUAAAGAAAAUACUCAAAGGCAUUUUAGAAUACAAUCUGGAGAUAUUGGGAAUACAGAUCCAUGAUUUUCAGAUGCCUGAUGUAAAUGCUAUAGGAGAGCACAGUGACCAUGGUGAGUUAGGUAGGCUGCUGCAAUUGAUUUUAGGAUGUGCAGUAAACUGUACAGAGAAACAAGAGUAUAUUCAGCGUAUUAUGUCCAUGGAAGAAUCCGUUCAACAUGUUGUUAUGACUGCCAUACAAGAGCUGAUGACCAAAGAAAUCACAACAGAUGUAGAUUCUGAAGUGGGUGAACAGUUGAAGAGAACUGUAGAAGAGUUAAACAGUGCAAUAGAAGCCAAAGAAGAACUGAUGCAGCGAUGUCAUGAAUUAGAUUUACAGGUGACGGUCCUCGUUGAAGAAAAACAAAAUCUUUCCUUAGAGAAUGAGAAGUUAUCAGAACGGCUCAAUCAGGCGGAGAAUCUUGAUGAUCCCAGUACACCUGCGGGAAAGCGGUUCCAGUUAAUUCAACACCAGUUAGAACAAUGUCAGGAGGAAAAUUAUAAACUAGAAUCAACCAAAGAUGAUUUCCGGAUAAAAGUGGAAGUUUUACAGAAAGAAAUAAAUGAGUUAAAGGACAAGAAUUCUGAAUUGUUGACUCAGACAGAGGAAUGUAGAGGCCUGAAAGAUGAACUUGAUGACCUUCGACAAGCAGCCGAACAAGUUGUGAAAUAUGAAGUUCAGAUUGAAUCAUAUAAAAGAAAGAUGGAUGAACUGAGUGACUUGAGAGGACAGGUGAAAUUGUUGGAAGAUAAGAAUACAAAAUACAUGCAGGAAAAUCUUGAAUUACAAGAGGACAUCAGAAAAUCAGGGACAGUUAAACAGCAGCUUGAUGUAUACAAGCGACAGGUACAUGAGUUACAGAGCAAACUAACAGAGGAGACUAAGCGCGCUGACAAGGCAGACUUCGAGAAUAAACGCGUGAAUGAGAAAGUUUCAACGUUAAUGAGAGAAAAAGAGAGGGUUUUGAUAGAGAGAGAUUCUCUACGUGAAAUGAAUGAGGAACUGAGAUGUAGACCAGUGGAACAUAGAAUUGUUACCGAGCGUGAUUCUUUACGGGAAGUGACGGAGGAACUGAAAUGUACGCAGGCUGUGAAUGUAGGUGCGGGGGCCGGCGAUGAUCUCUCAGCCACGUCACAAAUGGAGAUGUUGUCAUUACCACCAGAAAUCAAAGAAAAAAUUUUAAGAUUGGAGCAUGAAAACAAAAUGUUGAAGUUGAAGAGUUCUGGUGACAAUGAUGAGCAGUCCCAGGUUAUACAGACCAUGUUAGAUGAUGCUAACAGUAGAAAAAAUGAACUUGAAACUGAGAUUAGAUUAGCUAACCAAAAGACAAUGGAGUUGGAGGCCCAGAUCGAAGAUUUACAAGAAAUGGCAAAGUCCACGGUAUCAAACACGGAAAUGAUUGAUCUUAGAAAAAAAUUGGACGAACAGGUUCUGCUUACUCAGCAAAAAGACAAACUUAUUCAAAAGGAGCGUGAUAGUAUAUUAGAAGUGCAAAAAGAGUUGACUGCUCAAAGUGAAGAAGUUGAAAAGUUACGUGAUAAAAUUGAAAAGAAAGAAGAAGAGAAAAGAGUCAUGGAGGAAAGAUAUAAGAAAUAUUUUGAUAAAGCUAGAUCUGUGAUAAAUUCAUUGGAAGCCAAGUCUAAAUCAGGAAACAAUUACCACGAUGUUCAAGCCUUAAAGCAACAGAUACAAGAAAAAGACAAGCUUAUAGAGCAACUUCAGAAAGAUCAGGAGAAAAGUAAAAACACAUUUGAACAAGAAGAGAAGAUGAUGGUAUCUGCCUGGUAUAAUCUGGGUAUUCAGCUUCAUCGUCAGGCAGCCAUUGACAGACUGGAGAACUCACAACCAGGUCAAGCAUUUCUAUCACGACAGCGUCAGGCGCAUUUACGAGGGCAGCCGCGUAUACCAAACUCCCAUAAUAACCCAUCAAGUGAUCUUGACCUGACCUCAACUUCCUGUCUGUCAGCGAAUCAGAAUAGUUCAAUUGUUGAUGGGUGCUUUACCUCCCUGUUUGACUGUUUACUCAUGAAGCUUAGAGACGAAGUCCUUUCCAAAGAGGUUUUGGACACUUUAGAAGAUAUAAGACCAGCAGUUGUUCAUUCUCAACUCCUUUCUGGGCUUCUUGGAGAAAACAAUGAAGAAUUAGGCCUUACAGAAGAAUCUGAAGAUUUUGCUGAAGUCCCUGAUACUCCAGAAGUUGAUAAAAAGUCAUACAAAAAGUUGGACAGGUCACGUGUUCCAUUGCUUUCGCACUCUCUUAGUAGUCUAGUAACUCCUCUAAAAUCUGUUGGUAAUGACACUAUUGAUGAUAUCAGUAAUAAGCAACAUGCCUCAAUAAAUGAAACUGACAUUUAUAUGAAGCAAUCAGACAACUUUGGGGAAAUGGAAUCUGAAGUUUUUCUAGAUGUAAAUGAAGCAGUAAACAAUGAUACAGAAACUGAUGAAAUUGUUGGGAAUCAAACUGCUGUAGACUCCAGAGCUGACAGUAAAGAUUCAAUACCUGACACCAAAGAAAAUGGUACAACACUUUUUAACACAAUUGGUACUUUUAACAAAGUGAACAUUAAGGAAACAGACAAUGAAAAGGAAUUGGGCAAUGAAGAUGUUGCCAGUGUCAGUAAUGCUUCUUUUGCGCAAAAUAGUUUCUUUGAACAGCUGGAAAAGUUUGAAGCUGAAGAUGGGGAAUAUUUUGACAUGGAUAAACAUUAUACACUUACUAAAGACGUUCAAAAUGCAGAUGCAGUUCUUGGAAAUGCUGGUGAAUUAGAAAAUAUUACUUAUUCCCUUGGUGACAAGUCUGAAGAUAUGGCUUAUGCAUUGAGAUCACCAACCAGUGUUGGUAUUGGCCCUCUAGGUAAAGUGGAGCAGUUUACACCUCUAAGAAAUAAACCUGAAAAUGUUCCAAUACAUCUUCAGUCACCAUUUGUAAAGAAAAUCCCAACAGAUAGGGUAACUAAACGAAAAUCAAGAAGGAAGCGAAAAAUAGAUACUAAAGAUUUUGAAGAAGAGAAUAUGGAAUCAAAACAUAUGUUUACUGGUUUUAAAUCUGAAGAGUUCUUUGAUUUGAAUAGCAGCCCUGAAGUAUUGUAAAAGACUAGCAAAGGCAUUUUGGACUUUUUUUUUCUAAAACCUUGUUUUGUUAUAAAUGUUGUUUUAGUGUUAAUUAAGCCGUGUUUUGAAGGUUUCGAUUUUCAAUAAGUUCAUACAAUUACAUCUUUAUUUAACAACUUGACAAAAGCCUAAAGACCAACAGUAUCUUAAGUGUAGAGCUAUGCUUCAAUCAAUGUAAGCAAAGAUAAUAUUUGAAUGACAUGACAAUUGUAAGUUUUACAAUAUAUCUAAUAUCUAUCUAUUAUCCACAGAACUGCUACUGUAUAAUAUUAUAAAUCUAUUCUAUGUAUUUUAUCUAACUUUAUAUAAUAUGUAACCGUUUCGCUAGCAAUUAUUUCUUGUAAAAUAGCUUCAUGUAAUGCUUCUAAUGCUCUUAAAUUACUCUUAACUUUUCUUCCAUUUGCUUUCAGUGAUUUUCUAGAUUACUAACAUUGGAGUUGGCUUUUUCUAACAUCUGCUGAGUACACCUUACACACAGUGAUGUUUCUUACAUCUGCAUGGUACUAGAUGCACAGAGUGAUAUUAUUAAGAACUAACUACUAGAAUAUGUUUGUACUGAUCUUUAUAUAGGUUUGGAUAAUGAUGUGCUAAAGUUUAAACAAAUUGAUGCUAAAAUAAUGUGCUACAUAUGUGUUUUCCAAACUGAUGCAUUUAUUGUAGUUAUAAAAUGUAAGCUUGUAAUUGUACUGGGAACUGGAGCUUGAUA